AUGCUUCACCAUAGACAAUCCCUUGCGACCCCAAUCCUCUCCCCAACGCCCCUCUUGAUUCAAAAGCCCAAAGCGACGCAGCAGACCAAGCCUGCCAAUCGGAAGGCAAAACAAACAACCUGGUCUGCUCAGUCUGCGACCCCGACGAUCAACGGGGCCACACAGGCCAAUGCAAAGGAGGUGGGCCGGCAACAGACGCAGACAAAGACACGGGCGACGUGGCGAGCGCUUAUUUCGGCAUUUGCGCAGAGAUGUUCCAAUCCUCUCCUCGCCAUCCCUGACUGCAAGCAUUGCCAGAACGCCGAUCUUGUAGCGCCUAGCUGUGGUAGCGGGGGCUCGCAGGGUACAACGUCGAAUCCAGCUGGGUCUGGCGUUAGUUCUCCUGGAACGCCGGGCAGUCAGCCGGGACAACAAAGUACAGCGACGACAAGCACGGGCGGAUUCAAAGGCUGCGACCCAGACCUCGUCACGGACGGCUGUCCCGGCAACGAAGGCUGCGUCGCCUUCGACGCCAAUGACGGCGCAGACCAGCAGAUCAAGGCCACAAUCCAACCUGCGAAUAGUCCUGGUCUUUGCCAGCCGAGUUUCGGAUUUAAAGGACUCUCCCCUGGUCAGGUGGGGGAGAAGGUCGAUACAUGCGGUAAGUUGCACUUUUGA